GUCAGGGCAGGCAGGUCGGGGGAUUGAAACACAGCCCUUGCAGUCAGCUGACUGUGAGAACACAUGAACACACACCAUCCACGUGACUGUUCUCUCACUACUGUGUGUUUAGAGCCACACUAACUGCCACAGCCUGCUUUAUUUAGAGAUCGAGACAAACGACAAGUUGCUGCAUCUCAAAACCUUAGCUACUAAUCUGUCCAGGCUGCAGAAACCUUGUUUCCGGAAAAGGGGAUUUCCGGGGAUUUCUCCGUCAGGUUCGUCAUGCAGCAAACAGUGGUUAUUUUAUUGCUGGCAUUCAGCACUGUCACCCAGGCUCUGGACAAUGGGUUGAUGAGGACCCCACCCAUGGGCUGGCUGGCAUGGGAACGAUUUCGCUGUAACAUUGACUGUGAAAAUGAUCCUAAAAAUUGCAUUAGUGAGGCGCUGUUCAGAGACAUGGCAGACCGACUGGCUGAGGAUGGCUGGAGGGAGCUGGGUUAUGUCUAUGUUAACAUUGAUGACUGCUGGGCUUCAAAGAAGAGAGAUGCACAAGGACGACUGCAGCCAGAUCCAAAGAGGUUCCCAAGUGGCAUUGCUAAACUGGCACGCUAUGUUCAUGACCGUGGUCUGAAGCUGGGCAUUUACGGUGAUUUGGGUACUUUCACCUGUGCAGGAUACCCCGGCACGACCCUCGAUAAAAUUGAGACUGAUGCUAAGACCUUUGCUGAAUGGGAAGUGGACAUGCUGAAGCUUGAUGGCUGCUACUCUAACUCCUCUGACCAGGAGCAGGGCUACCCGCUUAUGUCAAGAGCCCUUAAUGCCACCGGCCGUCCAAUCGGCUAUUCCUGCAGCUGGCCUGCAUACCAGGGAGGGCUUCCUCCUAAAGUAAAUUACACUCUGCUUGGUGAGAUCUGUAACCUGUGGCGUAAUUACGGUGAUAUUGAGGACUCGUGGGACAGCAUCCUGAGCAUUGUGGAUUGGUUUACAGCAAAUCAGGAGAUCCUGCAGCCUGCUGCUGGACCUGGACACUGGAAUGACCCUGACAUGCUGGUCAUUGGAAAUUUCGGCCUGAGCAUGGACCAGUCUCGCUCUCAGAUGGCACUGUGGGCAAUAAUGGCAGCUCCUCUAUUCAUGUCUAAUGACCUGCGGACCCUAAACAGCGGGGCACGUGCUAUACUGCAGAACAAAGCUGUCAUCGCCAUUAACCAGGACCCCUUGGGCAUCCAAGGAAAACGCCUGAUAAAGGAGAACAGUGGUAUAGAGGUGUUCUGGCGUCCUCUGUCUAAUAAAGCAAGCGCUUUGGUGUUCUUCAGCAGAAGAACAGAUAUGCCGUACCGCUAUCCGACAUCUCUGAAGGCGCUCAACUACGCUGCUGGCAGCUAUAUGGUGUAUGAUGUGUUCAUGGAGAAGCCCAUGCCUACACUGAAGGACACCACACCGUUUGUUGUCUCCAUCAAUCCCUCAGGAGUGGUCAUGUGGUAUGUUGCUCCAGCUGAGUUGCAGGAACAGCCCAAAUUCUAUCAAGCCAUUCGCAAAUCUGAUUCUUUCUUUGUGUAAAUAGCCUUCUUUUAUCCAGACAUGGUGCCGCCAUCAAGGAUUUUUUGUUUCUCUGUGAAGGCUAAAAGACAGAAUGAUUAUUUGAAUGUAAUGCAAUAGAUCUUUUUUAUUGUCUGCAUUUUUAUGAGAAAUUAAGGGGGGGGGCACUGGAAAAACACUAGACUUGUGUAACAGACAGUGACAAAAGGGAUGCAGUAAACAGAAACCAGCCAUUGUUCAGCAGGCUUUGCUGAUCAGGAUAAAGAACUUCUUUAUCCUGCUCAGGGUUUUUGGUGAAUUAUGGGAACAUUGCACAACACUGGUACACGCUGGAUACCCAUCCUAUUCACUCCAUCCAAGUUAGUUAAUGAUACCAGCUGAUUUUUUUUUAUCAGCCAUAUAAGAAUCAGCUUAGAUGCAAAAAUAUUCUCUCUGAAGUGUAUAUCUCACUCUGUAUGCACAAAGUGUAGUGUCUGUGCCUUUAAUUAUCUUUCACUUAAUGCUCAGGGACACUGGGACUAGUUUACAAUCACCACAUCUGAAGUGAUCCUAUUUGGAAUAGAACAGAAGCCUUUUAUCAUCACAGUAAAAUUCUUUUCUUCGCACAUCCCAGCUUGGUAGGAAGUUGUUAGGCAGCUUUGGCAGUGCUCGGGCUUGAACCUCUGACCAGUAACCCGGAGCCUUAAUCCUUCAGCCACUACUGCCCCUACUGUGAAUGAAAUAUUUAUUGUGAUUUUACUUGUUUGCUUUUAUGGAAUCAGAUUUAAAACUGUAUGUUUAGAUCUGUGGUGCAGUCGAUUUUUGUAAAUCAGUUUAUUUAGAAAUGGUCAUUUUAUGUUUUUGAUUAAAAGUCUGAUCUUCUCAUA